AUGGUACACGAGAAGUUGCAGACCCAUCUGGAAUGUCAGGCGCCGGCGCCCCGCAGGCCCCCGCCGCCGGUCGCCGGCCCCCGUGACCCCGAAGUGCUGCUGUUCGCCACGCCUCAGGCGCCCCGGGCCGCACCCAGCGCGCCGCGCCCCGCUCUCGGCCGCCCGCCGGUGAAGCGGAGACUGGAUCUGGAAACUGACCAUCAGUACCUGGCUGAGAGCAGUGGACCAUUCCGGGGCAGAGGCCGCCACCCAGGAAAAGGUGUGAAAUCUCCAGGGGAGAAGUCACGCUAUGAGACAUCACUAAAUCUGACCACCAAACGCUUCUUGGAGCUGCUAAGCCACUCAGCUGAUGGUGUUGUUGACCUGAACUGGGCUGCUGAGGUGCUGAAGGUGCAGAAACGGCGCAUCUACGACAUCACCAAUGUCCUCGAGGGUAUCCAGCUCAUUGCCAAGAAGUCUAAGAACCAUAUCCAGUGGCUAGGCAGCCACACCAUGGUGGGGAUCAGUAAGCGGCUUGAAGGUCUGAACAAGGACCUCCAGCAACUGCAGGAGAGUGAGCAGCAGCUGGAUCACCUGAUGGACAUCUGUACCACACAGCUGCAACUGCUUUCUGAGGAUUCUGACAGCCAGCGCCUGGCCUAUGUGACCUGCCAGGACCUUCGCAGCAUUGCAGACCCUGCAGAACAGAUGAUCAUGGUGAUCAAGGCCCCUCCCGAGACCCAACUCCAAGCUGUGGACUCUGCUGAGACAUUUCAGAUCUCCCUUAAGAGCAAACAAGGCCCCAUCGAUGUUUUCCUGUGCCCUGAGGAGAGUGCAGGGGGGAUCAGCCCUGGGAGGACCCCAUCCCAGGAAGAAUCUGGGGAGGAAGACAGGACCACUGACCCUGGCAGUGCAGGGCCUCUUCCAUCAUCUCCCACCACAUCCCCCACGUUGGAUCCCAGCCAGUCCCUGCUCGGCAUGGAGCAAGAGCCAGUGCCGUCACGGAUGGGCAAUCUGAGGGCCCCCAUGGAAGAAGACCGUCUGUCUCCACUCGUGGCUGCUGACUUGCUUCUGGAGCAUGUACGAGAAGACUUCUCUGGGCUCCUCCCUGAGGAGUUUAUCACUCUUUCCCCACCUCAUGAGGCCCUGGACUACCACUUUGGCCUCGAGGAGAGUGAGGGCAUCAGAGAUCUUUUUGACUGUGACUUUGGGGACCUGACUCCCCUGGAUUUCUGACAGGAGCCUAGGGAGCCAUGGUGUCUGGAGAGGCCCACCCUGUCUGCAGGCUUGGAGUCUCCUGCCCUGGGCCAUCCUUCCUG